CUGGAAAGUUCCUGGAAACGCUUCUUUUGUGUUCAUGCUGAUUUAUCGGUUAUCAGACGGCUCGGUGGACUCGGUCUGCCCGCAGCACAGUGACCGGGGGACCGUGGACGGACACCGUGUUCGGGACACUCGCGGUGCUUUUUUAGCUCUCUGGGAAACGGAAAUAAAUCGGUGUUUUUGUGUUUGUUUACCGUCUUUACCGGAGCGCUGCAGCUCUGUCUGUCUGACUGACGCUUGAGAUCUGACGGCUGGAGCAAGACGCGACAUUUGUGCUUUAAACUUAAAGCACAGAGAACCGUAAAAACAUACAUGAGAGCGACUCUUCUGUGGAUUUUAGAGGGUAUAUGUUGCCCGGCAUGUGGGGCUGUUCGUGGAGAAUUAACUGGCAUCGCUGGUCCUGAGCCAACGGCUUUGGCUAGUUAGUAGCAGCUAGCUCAGACAGUCAGUAGAAACCGGUGCAGGCGCUGCUGCAGACCCCGUCCCACGCCAGAGGGUCUGCCGGUCGGAUCUGUCCAAUGACCUGCCAGUCCUCCGAGUCCACAGAAACCCUCGAGAGCGACCGCGACCGGGACCGCCGAGCCAACGCCAACGCUGUGGAAUCAGACGAGAGCACCAUCGCCGUAGCCAUGAAGGACCUGAAGAACACAGGCUGGUACUGGGGCAGCCUGACCGCCAACGAAGCCAAAGAGAUCCUGCAGGACGCCUCGGAGGGGACCUUCCUGGUGCGGGACAGCUCCCAGCGGGAUUACCUGUUCACCAUCUCGGCCAUGACGUCGGCGGGCCCCACCAACCUGCGGAUCGAGUACAAACACGGCAAGUUCAAGCUGGACUCGGUGGUCCUGGUGAAGCCCAAGCUGAAGCAGUUCACCAGCGUGGUGCACCUGGUGGAGCACUACGUGCAGCUGUCUCGCGCCAGCGACAAAGCAGCAGCGGCCGCCGCGGCAGCAGCAGCGGCCGUGGCCGUGGCGUCGAACUCUCAGCCCAACGGCACGGUGCAGCUGCUGCUCACCAGGCCGGUGUACACGGCCACGCCCGCGCUGCAGCACCUCUGUCGCAUCGCCAUCAACCGGCAGACGCGACGCGUGCAGGAGCUGCCGCUGCCCAACAGGCUGAAGGACUACCUGACAGACUACACCUACCACGUGUAGGGACUCAAUCCCAUCAUGCACUGCUCCGAUAGGAACCGGCAGCAAUAACCAGCCGGACGGACAGGUCGCAGGACGUCCGGUCGAGGUUGAAGUCCCUGAAGUUGCCGUGAACUUGUGCCGCUGAAGUACAAGGCCAAAACGCAGUGGUGGAGAUGUAGCCUGAGUACUUGUAUGACCCGUCAGUACUGCUCUGCUGUACUUUUUUUUUCUUUUAAGAUUAUUUUUGGGGCUUUUCCACCUUUUAUUGAACAGGACAGCUAGGUGAGAAAGAGGAUAGAGAGAGAGAGGGGGGGGGAGAGACAUGCAGGAAAUCAUCACAGGUCGGACUCUAACCCUGCACCUCUGCGUCGAUGCAUACACCUCUCAGUAUAUGUGCGCCUGCUCUACCCACUGAUCCAACCCGGCCACUUCGCUCUGCGGUACUUUAACCGAGUCUGGACAUGCUACAUUACAUUACAUUACAUUACAUGUCAUUUAGCGGACACUUUUAUCCAAAGCGACUUAUAAUUGCUAUAUAUCAGAGGUCACACGCCUCUGGAGUAACUAGUGCCUUGCUCAAGGACACAUUGGUUGAUGUAUCUCAGUGGGAAUCGAACCCAGGUCUCCCACACCAAAGGCAUGGGUCAUAUCCACUGCUCCAUCACUACUCGUUCAUUGAUUGGCGCCGUGCGUCGCUCGCGUAGUGUCAACGUUCAAGACAAUAAAUCUCUCGCGGGCGGCGUCUGUGACGAACGCGACCGUUUCACGCGGGUUGUGCCCGCUUAUCGCCCCCCCCCCUCUUCCUUCCUGCCCGUUCGCCGCUCAUUGAACAUGAGUUACAAUGCGCGUCAAUCGCUGCCCGUCGGAAACGACCUCACACGUGCACGGACUCAACCGUGCUGAUCUCUUUUCAAAAUGUUUUACUCGUAAAAGCCGCUUUCCGACCAAGUAGUUCCAGGAACGUAGUUAUAGGAAAAGUCCACUUCUAAACAGUUCUACUAACUACUCUCCCCCAAACAGUUUUUUCCAUUUGCAUUCAAGAUUAAACAGCAGAUACUGUACAACAGAGCGUACUAUGGUCCUGAUGGUGUAUAAAACCCAACAUGGUGUCAUGCCAUUAGUUAAACAUUGCUCAAAAUAAAUAAAUAAAA